UUAAGAGGGUUGGGCUGGUGAUUUUGAACUCAAGUCAUUGGUGAAGCUAAGGAAGUAAGGAUUAGGGUCGUUUUCAGUGUUUGACUAGAAAGGAGUUUGGGAUCUCUAGUUUAUUUCUGGUUAUAGGUGAAACAUUUAUGCUUGGUUUCUUACUAGCGACUUGGUUUUCUGUGCAAUUUUUGAAGCUAUCUGGUUUCCUCUUUAUAACUACUAAUUUGCAAAUGCUUUUUUGUCCAGGGCGUGUGUUUGAAAGUUGUUAUUACAUAUUGUCUAUAGUGGGAAUUAAUGUAAAGCUUGAGAUUUUGUGUUUAACUUCUCGGGGAUACUAUUAAUCUUGGAAAUAAAGAAUUUGACGUGGAGAAAUUGAUUUUGAUUCUGGAAAGAAGAGGAGAAUUGGGAAAUGGAUAUGUAGCCAUGAAUGAUUAUGAUGUUUAAUUGACCAAGCAUUUUUCCACAUACUGUAUUUGCCAUCUUGAAUUACAUUUGCAUCUCAAAUGGAUGACGGUGGGCAUCGUGAAAAUGGGAGACACAAAGCAGAGCAGUAUAAGGCAGCUCAGGGCCAGUGGUUUGUGCAUCAUCAACCAACGAUGAAACAGAUAAUGGCCAUUAUGGCUGAGAGAGAUGCAGCCAUACAAGAAAGAAAUUUAGCUCUUUCUGAGAAAAAGGCAGCCAUCGCAGAACGAGACAUCGCAUUCCUGCAGCGAGAUACGGCAAUCGCUGAACGUAACAAUGCUAUGUUGGAACGAGACAAUGCCAUUGCAAGUCUUCAAUAUCGAGAAAAUUCCUUGACUAGUGGUAGUAUGUCUUCAUGUCCACCAGGAUGCCAAAUUGGCCGUGGGGUGAAGCACAUACACCACCCACAGCAGCAUGUACAUAAUCUGACCCAUAUGACUGAAGCUGCAUAUGGUGCAAGGGAGAUGCAUACAAGUGAUGGCAUCCCCAUGUCUCCUGGGGCUAAUGAGGUUGGAAAGCCACGGCGGGGUAAACGAGCAAAGGAGGCCAGGGUGAUGUCACCUAGUAAGAAGACAUCAAAACCUCCACGGAAGAUUAAGAGGGAAACUGAAGACCUAAAUAAGAUUGUGUUUGGGAAGCCACAAGAGUGGAAAAAUGUGCAAGAUUUGGAUGGUGGAAGUGAUGAUGUAAACAAACAUUUGGCAACUUCAAAGUCUGAUUGGAAGGGUCAAGUUCUGGGAUUGAACCAAGUUACAUUUGAUGAAUCAACCAUGCCAGCACCUGUAUGCUCCUGCACUGGGACACUAAGACAGUGUUACAAGUGGGGAAGUGGGGGUUGGCAGUCUGCAUGUUGUACUACCUCCUUGUCGAUGUAUCCACUACCGGCAGUGCCUAACAAACGGCAUGCCCGAAUAGGUGGUCGGAAGAUGAGUGGAAGUGCAUUCAACAAGCUGCUUAGCCGGUUAGCUGCUGAAGGCCAUGAUCUGUCAAAUCCAGUUGAUCUGAAGGACCAUUGGGCCAAGCAUGGAACAAAUCGCUACAUCACAAUCAAGUAGUUGUUAAGAAAUUUUGAUUUGGAUGGAGGAAUAGGGAAAACAUAGAAUCAGCAUGUGAUGGUCGGGCAUGGGCAUGGUUUUUCCAAUGAGCUGUGGAGGUAAUAAAAAAUUGAUGUAGCUAAAAUGUGAAUUACUGGGUCGGUGAUGGGAGAGAAUUUAUUGAGAUGGAUGAGUAGAUCCUCUCGCUUUCCGAUUUCUUUUUAAUCUUUUGUCAUCAUUUUUGUUGUCUCAUGAUAAAUCUGAGUAAGCCAUGAUUUAAAUGAGAAUGAAGGGUUGUUUCUCAUUGGCUAGUUUAACGUUGGUCAGCUACAAUUAAUCCUACUCGUUAGCUCCAGAUAACUGUAGAGGGCAGUAUCUCAACCUCUUGUUGUACUUGUAUGAACAGAAGUGUUAAUUUAUAGUAGAAUCCAUUAUGUAGAUGUUUCUUCCGCUAAA